UUGUCCGCCCCUAAACUUUCAUCCAUUCCCCCUUUCUGUUAAUCUCCGAUUCUCCAAACUCCAAACCCUAGCUUCUCUUUUUUUAAUUUCACCCCGUCGAUCACUUUUUCAACCCCUCACUUCUCAUGGUUCUUUUCUAUUUCUCCUGAAAGAUUUUACCAGAAAUAAGAGAGAGAGAAUCCAAUAAUUUAUUUCUUUGUUAGAAAAAAAAGAAGAAGAAUCCGAGGAGCUAGAUAGACGAUUCGGCAAAAAUGACGUCGUCAACAACGAGCUCGGUUUACAUCAACGUCAUCGAAGAUGUCAUGAACAAGGUUCGCGAUGAGUUUAUCAACAACGGUGGACCAGGCGAAAGUGUCCUCAAUGAACUCCAAGGACUUUGGGAGAUGAAGAUGAUGCAAGCGGGAGCAAUCGUUGGUCCGAUAGAGAGAUCUUCAGGUCAGAAGCAACCUGCUCCCGGCGGCCCAAUUACUCCGGUGCACGAUCUCAAUGUUCCUUACGAGGGGACUGAGGAGUACGAAACUCCUACAGCUGAUAUGCUUUUUCCUCCGACUCCUUUGCAAACACCUCUACCUACACCGCUGCCUACUCCACUUCCGGGAAGUGCAGAUGGCUCUAUGUAUAACAUACCUACCGGAGGUAGUGAUUAUCCUACACCUGUGAAUGAUAGUGGCACUAAUGUUGAUGUAAAAGGUGGGAGGCCAAGCCCUUAUAUGCAAUCUCCUUCUCCUUGGUCAAAUCGAAGGACCCCACUAAGUGUUGAUGUUAAUGUUGCUUACGUGGAAGGACGGGAUGAGGCGGAAAGAGGAACCUCAAAUCAACCCCUGACACAGGACUUCUUUAUGAUGCCUCCUGGAAAGAGGAAACGUGAGGAUUUUUCUACACGGUAUAAUAAUGGUGGUGGAUAUAUACCACAACAAGAUGGAGCUGGAGAUGCUACAUCUGAAUUUGCAAAGACGGAGGGAAAUAAGGCUUGUAAUUUCUUGGGUAGACAUGUCUCAGCAACCAAUGCAAAAAGCAAGAUCUUAGCACACUUAGCUACUUCAUCAUCAAAGAUUCCACAACUAGAUGGACCAAUUCCUGAUCCAUUUGAUGAUAUGCUCUCUACUCCCAAUGUAAGUAUCAUAUGCUUUCUUAGGUCAAUUCCUAAUCUUGUCAUGCAAUUCUGCAACUUAGUGUUACCUAUAUGUGUAUGGUUUGGAUUGGACAUUUUCUUUCUAUUUUCUUCUCUCACCUUGAAGAUUUACAAUUAUCAAGGAGUUGUCAAUGAAGAUUACAACGUAGCGAACACACCGGCUCCAAAUGACCUUCAGGCUGCCACUCCUGCUCCUGUUGCCCAAAAUGAUACAGUCGAUGAUGAUGAUGAUGAACCAUUGAAUGAAGAUGACGAUGACGAUGAUUUGGAUGAUGUGGACCAGGAGGAGCUGAAUACACAGCAUCUAGUUUUGGCUCAGUUCGACAAGGUGACUCGUACCAAGAGCCGAUGGAAAUGCACACUGAAGGAUGGCAUCAUGCAUAUAAACAAUAAGGACAUCCUCUUUAACAAGGCAACAGGGGAAUUUGACUUCUGAUUUCGUUAGCGAAAUGCCUUUCACCGUUAUAUCGUAGCAGAUACUUUUAAAGAGCAAGUCAAGGGGUGUUUCGUAAAUUUUUCUUUAAUUAAUAUCUAAGUGAGAGGUUAAUGGUGGAAGGACAUGUGGUUCUUUAUUUUUAAUGCCUUCCUUGAGACUUUGGUUGGAUGUUUGUCGUAUUGUACAUACAACGUAGAGCCUUUUCAGCCUAAGAAUGCUAGUAUCUGAGAUGCAUCAUCAAGUUUAAAAAAAAAAUUCUGCAAUGAAACCCCAAAUUUCGCAAA